AUGCAGCGGAUAUUUGGAAAUACCAUUCGAACCUUUUCGUCCAGUCCGGCAAGGUGGGCCAAGGCAACCCCGUCAAAAGCCCACCUUGCGAUUACGCCAGCACACGAAAACCUUCCUCGUGGCUUUGUUGUCACCGGUGUGCAUGCAGGCGUCAAGAAGAAAGAGGGCGUCCUUGACCUUGGCCUUAUCCUCUCCAAAGAACCCAAAACCUCUGCAGCGGCCUGCUUCACACGAAAUGCUUUCCAAGCAGCCCCGGUUAUUGUCUGCCAGGAUGUCCUUCAGCAGACUUCUGGCCAUGCCAACGGGCUCAUUGUCAACUCUGGUUGUGCCAAUGCAGUCACCGGAAAGCAGGGGCUCAAGGAUGCGUGGGACAUGGUAUCUGCUACCGAUAACCUGCUAUCCAAGCUGGUCCCCGCGAAUGAAACUCCCAAGGGAAGUCACUCCUCGCUGGUCAUGUCGACGGGCGUGAUUGGCCAAAACCUCCCUAUCUCCAAGAUUAUAUCUGCCGUCAAGGAGACGUCACCCGAAAGUCUCGAUUCGACACCAGAAAAGUGGGAAGCACUUGCCCGCGCUUUCAUGACGACUGAUACCUUUCCCAAACUCCGGGCCAAGACAUUCAAGAUUGGCGAUACAGAUGUAAGAAUAGCUGGUAUCGAUAAAGGUGCCGGGAUGAUCCAUCCGGACAUGGGUCCUGCCACGCCUGCUCCCGGGACAGGAAGCCUGCAUGCAACCCUGCUCGGCAUGAUCGCCACAGACGCAGCAGUCUCGCCACAGGCACUUCAAGACGCCCUCACAUAUGCCGUCAACCGUUCGUUCAACUCCAUCUCUGUCGAUGGAGACAUGAGCACAAACGAUACCGUCGUCGUCUUUGCCAAUGGUGCAUCCGGAAUGAAGGAGAUUGAUGAUGUGACAUCACCCGAGUAUACCAAGUUCCGCGACGAACUCACAGACUUUGCGGCUGAGCUCGCCCAGUUGGUCGUACGGGAUGGCGAAGGAGCCACCAAGUUUGUGACAGUCAACGUCCGAGGUGCACUGACCUACGAAGACGCGCAUCAAGUCGCAUCCAAGAUCUCGACGUCUGCGCUGGUCAAGACCGCACUCUACGGCGAAGACGCCAACUGGGGCCGUGUACUUGCCGCCACAGGCUCAACCAAUCUCUCUGCACCUAUCACCCCAAACACCGUCUCGGUAUCGUUUAUCCCAACAGAUGGCAGCGAGAUUCUGCCCUUGCUGAAGAAUGGAGAACCAGAAAAAGUCGAUGAAGACCGCGCAAAAGUAAUCCUUCAACGCGAAGACUUGGAGAUCCGCGUCGACCUCGGCAUGGGCAACGAGCAAGCCUCAUACUGGACAUGCGACUUUAGCCACGAAUACGUGACCAUCAACGGCGAUUAUAGAAGUUAG